GGGCGCGCGCGCUUACACGCACACACGCACCGUGCUGGCUGGCUGGCCCGGUGGAUGUACCACGUCUUGCAGGUCGGAAUCACUGGCCCAGUACGCUCAGGGAGUCGGCAUUCGACCUGUCAAGUGAGGUGUAUCUUGCGAAUGAAUGAUACUGAAGGCUCUGCACGUCAUGAACCAACUGAUAUUCAAGCUACCGGCCAUAUGAAACACUGCUGCUCAUUCUCUAUAUCAAGUCUUCGUAUGUUCCAACGGGCAAGGAUACCAAUUUUUGACCAAGAACUCUAACGGGGCAAGCCAGAUGGAGGCCGAAGACGAACGAUCGGGGCUCCACCGCAUGGGCAGCAUGGCCGUCACCUUGGCCAUCGUGCCGCUGGUGGUGGGCUUUGCCACGGAGCACUGGCUGGAGGCCGACAUGCGGUCUGUUGGUCUUUGGAAGUUCUGCAACGACGUGGCCUGCCGACCCCUCCAGUCAGACGACGUGCCAGACUGGUACAACGUGGUGCGGGCGCUGGCCGUGAUGGGGUUGUGUCUGCACCUGGUGUCGGUGGUCACGGGCUUCUGCUGCACGGUGCUGGGCGGCCACGAGCUCUUCACACUCUCCAUCGUGCGGCGACUGGAGGAGAUGUCCGCUGUCAUCGCCGCUGGACUGAUCGGAGCUUGCCUGGGCGUCUUCAUGCAGUCCUCAGGAGAACAUCCAGUCUUCAAGACUUUUGUGUUCGGCUGGUCCUUCUGGUCCUGCGUGACUGCCAUCUGCCUGCUCGCCCCGUCCAGUGUGGUGAUCGCCCUUGCGCGAGACGACUGUGUGUGGUGGCGCCACUGUGAGAGAAGAAAAACUGUAGAGAAGCACAAGAUGUCUCUCUCCACGGAGGUAGAGUCAAUGUGUUCGGCGAGUCUGACCAUGAAGAGUCCUGCUGCCGGAGACAACCGUGGAUACGUUUCUCUUCCCAAGCAGAAUUUUCUCCAUGAACUGAAGUCAUCUGACGGUGUGAAGUGGUUCCAUUCUCUCGAAAGCAUUUCUUGUCAAUCAUCUCCAACAGAGAAUCUGAUCAGGAAGGAUGCUAGUCUAGUUUAGGACAUGAUGAUGAUACUUUGAACAAGGUAUUGGCAGCGGCCUUGGUUAAGACUAUACUGAAAUGUCUGGACAAAAGCACAAAACACAUGAACAGGGGCCCAGAAUGAACAUAGAAGUUUGCAGGGGGCAUGUAAGCACACAUAUAUACAAAAGGAGAAACGUGGAUAUACACAGACAAACACAUAAUACUUAAAUACAUCCUUGCAUCAAGAACGUAUUGAAUCUUUGUGUAGAAAUUCAGAUGUGAGAAUAGGGAAGUAAUAAUACACAUAGAUACUGGUAGAACAAGUGAGGGAAUGGCCUGUCUGUAGUAUUAACCUAUUUUAAAUUGUUCUUUUCAUUGAACAGUGAUUUUGUUUUACACCUAUGUAACCUGCCUCUCGUCAACAUCAGUCGUAUUUAACCAUUGAGCUCAUCGUGAUACUGAUCUCCUUGUAAUCAUGCAAGUGAACGCCAACACGCUCAGCACUUGCAAACUAAUACUGUCUGUCUGUCUGUCUGUCUGUCUGUCUGUCUGUCUGUCUGUCUGUCUGUCUGUCUGUCUGUCUGUACAUAUGUUAUUGUGCCAUAAUGUGAUCAUUCACACACACACACAAAGCAUGGUCUUCUAUCUGUGCGUGUUUGUGAGCAUGAUCACAUGGAUCUUUGGCCGAAAGUUGAAAGGUCAAAGAAAUAUCUUAAUUGCAGGUUUUGAAUGUGUCUGCUCUGUACCUAGUCAAGUGUUGCUGUAUGUCGUUUGCUCUGUGACAUUCCGACUUCUAAUAAGAGCAGCAGCUGGUGUGCUGAGAUGCUGGCCAUUGCCUUGAUAAUAAAGAUGUAAUGCAGCCAUA